GCUGGACUUCCGCUAGAGGAAGGCGCUGUUUCUCAGUCAGAGUUCAGGCGGCGAGGAUGAGCGGAUCCCCGGGCCUCUGAGCGGCUCUCCGACAGACACACACCCGCCCCCCGCCGCGACCCCCGGUGUCCGGUGCCUCAGGAUGUCCAGCGGUCAGUUCGCGCCCCAGAACGGCGCCGGAGACUCGUUCGUGAACGGUCCUUCCCAGAAUGCAGUUUACCCUUUGAAUCCGGGCUUCAUGGCUCCGCCGCCGCAGCCGGGCUACAUCAGCAGUGUUCCCGCUAAAGGUCUGCCAGCGGGGCCGCAGAGCUGCUACAACACACACCGGCACCAGCCUUCACCUGUCGGCACGCCCAGCCCACUGCCAGCCUCGCCCAAUCACAGGCCUGUGCUGCCCGGCCCCCCACAGGCCUCACCCACACCCCCACCGCACGCUAACAGCCACUACCAGCAUACACAGCAGCCCAGCAGCUGGAGCAGCACAGCAGCAGUCUUCCAGAGCACAGCCGCUCCACCUGCACUAAAUGUCAUGGCUCCGCAUCAGACGUUUGGUCCUCCACCUGCAGCCAUGAGAGGAACUCCACCCCUGACCGUCCCUCCACCCACUGUUGCCCCGCCUCCAUUUGCUGCUGUCCCACCUCCAUCCACAGUUGUCCCGCCACCACGUGCUGGUGUCCCACCUCCAUCAGCUGUUGCCCCUCCUCCUUUCGCUGCUAUUCCACCUACAUCCACAGUUGUCCCGCCACCACGUGCUGGUGUCCCACCUACAUCAGCUGUUGCCCCGCCUCCUUUUGCUGCAGUCCCGCCUCCACCCGCUGGAGCACACAGUGACGCAGGACCGUAUCACCCUGGACAGAUGAACCGGCCGGUAGGCAGUGGAUACCCCUCACUGCAGCCGGGUUACAGCACAGCGCAGGUUCAUACACCUCCAGUGGGACAGAUUCAUCCACCGGGACAAAUUCAACAUUCAUCAAUGGGACAGAUUCAUCCCACAGCGCAGAUUCCUCCUCCAUCAGCGGGACAGUUCCAUCCUGCAGGACAGAUGCCUCCGUCAGCUCAGCAGACGGGUCUGAGUCCAUCUCUGGCUGCGCUCAGUCUACAGUCACACACUCCGGAGGCGCUACGGGUGCUGAAUCUGCUGCAGGAGCGCAGUCUGCUUCCACACACACCGGUGACGCCGCCGCUGCCCUGUCUGCCGCAGGACCUGCAGAAGAUGAACUGCAGCCCAGAGGUAUUCCGCUGUACACUGACCAGCAUCCCUCAGACUCAGGCUCUGCUGAAUAAGGCUAAGCUGCCCCUCGGCCUGCUGCUGCACCCCUUCAAGGACCUGUCUCAACUCCCCGUGGUGACCUCCAGUAAUAUCGUGCGCUGCCGCUCCUGCCGGACCUACAUCAACCCCUUCGUCACCUUCAUGGGCCCGACCAAGUGGAAGUGCAACCUGUGUCACCGAGUCAAUGAGGUCCCAGAGGAGUUCAUGUAUAAUCCCGUCAGCAAGUCAUACGGAGCUCCUCACAAGAGGCCGGAGGUCCAGAACGCCACCAUUGAGUUCAUCGCGCCGUCAGAAUAUAUGCUCAGGCCUCCCCAACCCGCUGUUUACCUCUUUGUCCUGGACGUAUCCCAUAAUGCAGUGGAGACGGGCUAUCUGGAUGCCGUCUGCCGCUCUCUACUGGAUAACCUGAGCUCGCUUCCCGGAGACGCGCGCACGAAGAUCGGCUUUAUCACGUUCGACAGCACCAUCCACUUCUACAGCCUGCAGGAGGGGCUUUCGCGCCCGCAGAUGCUCAUCGUGUCUGACAUUGAUGACGUGUUUCUGCCCACACAGGACGGCCUUUUAGUCAAUCUGAACGAGUGCAAAGAGCUGGUGCAGGAUCUGCUGUCCAGUUUGCCGCAGAUGUGGCGCCAGACGAUGGAGACUCACUCCGCUCUGGGCCCGGCGCUGCAGGCUGCCUUUAAGCUGCUGUCGGCCACCGGCGGGCGCGUCUCGCUCUUCCAGACGCAGCUGCCCACGCUGGGCAUCGGGGCGCUCAGACCCAGAGAACAGCCCAGCACCAAGACACAGGCCAAGGACGUCCAGCAUCUCAGUCCUGCUACAGAUUUCUACAAGAAGCUGGCUCUGGACUGCUCUGGUCAGCAUGUGGCGGUGGAUCUGUUCCUGCUGAGCGCUCAGUACUGUGAUCUGUCCUCUCUGGGCUGUAUAUCCAGAUACUCUGCUGGAAGUGUGUUUUACUACCCUUCCUACCACACGCUCCACAACCCGGCUCAGACGGAGCGCUUCCAGAAGGAUCUGAAGAGAUAUCUCACGCGCAAGAUCGGCUUCGAGGCCGUCAUGAGGAUACGCUGUACUAAAGGUCUGUCCAUACACACGUUUCACGGGAACUUCUUCGUGCGCUCCACUGAUCUGCUGUCUCUGGCCAAUGUGAACCCGGACGCCGGAUUCGCCUUGCAGAUGAACAUCGAGGAGAACCUGCUGGACCUGCAGACCGUCUCCUUCCAGGCCGCGCUGCUCUACACCUCCAGCAAAGGAGAGCGGAGGAUCCGCGUUCACACACUCUGUUUACCUGUGGUCAACUCUCUGUCAGACAUCUUUGCUGGAGCGGAUGUUCAGGCCAUCACCGCUCUACUGGCCAGCAUGGCUGUGGACCGCAGUGUGACGGCGAGUGUGUCGGACGCUCGUGACGCGCUGGUGAACGCUGCAGUGGAUAUGCUCUCCUCGUACCGCAGCUCAGUGCUCACCGUCCCUCAGCCGGGUCUGCUGGCGCCCGCGUGUCUGCGCCUGUUCCCGCUCUACAUCCUGGCCCUGCUCAAACACAAAGCGUUCGGCACGAGCAGCAGCACACGUCUGGACGAGCGCAUGUUCUGCAUGUGUCAGCUGAAGCAGCAGCCGCUGGCGUACGCCAUGCUCAGCAUACACCCCAGCCUGUACCGCGUCGAUGACCUGACGGACGAGGGUGCGCUGAAUGUGAACGACUGCACGAUCCCUCAACCCCGAGUGCAGCAGCUGUCUGUGGAGAAGCUGAGCCGAGACGCAGCCUUCCUCAUGGACUGUGGAUCAGUCCUGUAUCUGUGGAUCGGGAGAAACUGUAAUCCAGCUUUCCUCACACAGGUGCUGGGAGUGGACGGCUACGCUCAUCUUCCUCCCAGCAUGACGCAGCUUCCCGAGCUGGACACUGCAGAGUCGUGUCGGAUGCGGGCGUUUGUGGACUGGCUGCGGGAGCGGAGGCCGUUUCACCCGCUGCUGCACGUCAUCAGAGACGAGUCUCCGCUGAAGGCCGAGUUCCUGCAGCUGAUGAUUGAGGACCGCAGUGAAUCUGCUCUCUCAUACUACGAGUUCCUGCUGCAUCUACAACAGCAGAGCUCCAAAUGAAGACACACACACACACACACGGUCAAUACUGACACAUAUACAUAUACACAGAGAAGCACUCACACAAAAUCAAACAUACAAACACACACACACGCACGCACGCACGCACACAGAGAGCCGCUCAUCAAACUGCAUCUCUAAUUUAUUGCCUUCCACUAACCCGUGAUGUAGGAAGACUCUUUCUUAUGAAUUUGUACGAUCUUUAUAACGCAGCGCAGCGCUCAGACCGUCUGUCUCUCUGUCCGUCUGUCUGUCUGUCUUCAUUAAUUUAUGCGGAUCACAGACUCCGUGCCGGCCUCGCGCUGGACGAACGCCUCUGCAGAAAUCAUGCUUUGUAAGUAAACCAUGCUCGAUGUGGGCAGACUGUGAUCUUCAACAUGUAUAUUGAUAAAGCUAUAUUCAGAGAAUAAUUUUAGUAAAAACCAUGUUCACAUCAUUAAACGAACACAGAUCAUCCGCUCUCCAAGAGGAAUCUUUAUUGGAUGAGUUCAGGAAAGCUGAGUGUGUGUGUGAGUGUGUGUGUGAGUGAGAAAUGAGUUUCUAUAAUCCUCCUGCAGAAUAACACACUUCACACACACCCCCUGAUGGACAAACCCACUCUCUUCAUGUUUUAUAAUGUCAGGUGUGUUUUCUGAGCUGAUUUGUAAAUCCUCUGCAGUUUUGUACAUGUGGGAAUGAGAUGCGCAUUAAAGAGGAGGCCUGAGCUGCUCUCCUGAAACAC